UCAAAGACAACAAGUUACAAGUUCCUUUGUGGCAUGAGUAGCAACAUAGUCGCACUUUCACAAUGGCGCCUAUGAAGGAUGACAAUUCUAAGCGGAAAGCUGUUGACGACCCCACAACCCCGUCGGCGAACAAGAGAGUGAAGAGCUCGCACAGUGAUUCUCCAGAGCCAAAGAAGAUACCAGCACUGCCAGCGCAUCCAGUGCCCUUCCCUGAGAAGCCUGCAGUGAUCGAAGAGCGAAAUGGCGAAAUUGAGUUCCGAGUGGUCAAUAACGACAACCUCCGCGAAAGCCUGAUAAUACUCACUGGCCUAAAAUGUAUCUUCCAAAAGCAACUCCCCAAAAUGCCAAAGGACUAUAUUGCACGGCUGGUGUACGAUCGAACGCACUUGUCGAUGGCGAUAGUGAAGAAACCAUUGGAAGUUGUUGGGGGGAUCACAUACCGGCCGUUCAAAGGCAGACAAUUUGCCGAAAUCGUAUUCUGCGCGAUUUCAUCCGACCAGCAAGUUAAGGGCUACGGCGCGCAUCUCAUGUCACAUCUAAAAGACUAUGUCAAAGCUACCUCGGACGUUAUGCAUUUCCUGACAUACGCCGACAACUACGCUAUCGGCUACUUCAAAAAACAAGGUUUCACCAAGGAAAUUACUCUCGAGAAGCCUCGGUGGAUGGGAUACAUCAAAGAUUACGAAGGAGGAACGAUCAUGCAGUGCACGAUGCUACCCAAAAUCCGAUACUUGGAGAUGGGUCGCAUGCUCUUGAAGCAGAAGGAAGCAGUACACGCCAAGAUCCGGGCAUUCAGCAAAUCACACAAGGUCCACUCGCCACCUAAGCAAUGGAAGAAUGGACCGUGUAAGAUCGAUCCAAUGCAAAUCGAAGCCAUCCGGGCAUCUGGCUGGUCAGCUGAUAUGGAUGAACUUGCCCGGCAACCGCGCCACGGCCCCAAUUAUAGCCAAUUACUGCAUCUGCUUAACGACAUGCAAAACCACGCAUCUGCAUGGCCAUUCUUGCACCCGGUCAGCCGAGAGGAUGUGGCGGACUACUACGAAGUCAUCAAGGAGCCCAUGGACCUUUCUACCAUGGAAACGAAGUUGGAAGCAGAUAACUAUGCUACUCCGGAAGAUUUCAUCAAGGAUGCGAAGUUGGUGUUUGAUAACUGCCGGAAGUACAAUAACGAGACGACGCCGUAUGCGAAGUCGGCCAACAAAUUGGAGAAGUUUAUGUGGCAGCAGAUCAAGGCGAUACCGGAAUGGUCUCAUCUUGAACAGUAGACGAUUUCUACUUUCUGAUAUGAUACCCUUUACUGCACGUGGUGGUGUGGUAAUAUUACGAAUUGGAUGGCGUUUAGGGGGGACACGGACUGGUCGGUCGAUAUGGUUGGGUUUGCGACAAAUGCAUCGCAGGUUUUCAGGAAUAGAUAUGCCUUUG